AUUAUCACAAAUUUCCGCUUGUGGGGCGGGGAUCAAGCGCGGCGAAACGAUAGUAAUUACAAUAAUGCAAUUGGUGAUAUUCGUGCCCUGCUACACUUGAAUUUAAACUUCAUACAAACAUGUAUUAGCGUGUGCAUAUUAACAUUAUUGCAGUGAUUCAUAUAAAUAUUUUACUGGUUCUUGGCCUGACACCGUGGUCUGAACUGGGAAGCAUUCUUGCCAACAACCAUCCAUCCAGCUCAAACUGCUUGGGAUUCUUCAAGGCUUAUAUUCUGACAGAUGCGGCGGCGGUGCAGCUGACGAUUGGCCGGCCCGGUCGUCUCCGCCGUAUGACGUCAUUUUGACGUCAUGGGUUCCGAGCGGGCCGGCUGGGCACCAACGAUGCGGGAGCUGUGGUCGGUAUGGAGGAGCGCCACCGACCCGCGCCGCCGCCUGACCUAUGACCGGGUCAUCGGCCUCUUCCACGCCAUGGACCUGUACCCGUCCAAGUCGCAGAGUAAGGCCGUGAUCCCGUGACCUCGUGACCUCGCAUGCCACCACCAAGGGCCGCCCUGGCUGCAUGUGUGCUCACCACCGUCGCCCGGCUAACGUCGCCCAGUUCAGGAGAUGGUGCACUCGAGCCGUGACUGCUCGACACGCACCGCGGACGAGAUGACGUUCGCCUCCUUCUGCCUCUUCGUCAACAACCUCAAAAAGAAGGUGCCGCCGCCUCCAGUCAUCUCGUGUCAGCAGGAGCGGCCGCCGGCGCGGCUCUGCAAGUCGGCGCCGCCCAUCGGCUGCGGCAAGUACGAGGUGUUCCUGGGCGGAUCGUGCAACCCCACCACGUGGCGACGCGACGAGGCCAUCCCGCGGCUCAAGGAGCUCGGCAUCACCUACUACAACCCGCAAGUGGCGUCCUGGCACCCUGGCCUGAUCGCUCUCGAGGAAGAGGCCAAGCAGAGUGCCACCGUGCUGUUUUUCGUCAUCGACAACCAGACGCGCGGCGUGUCCUCCAUGCUGGAGGCUUCCUACCUGGCGGCCAGCGGCAGGAAACUAGUGUUGGUGGUCAGCAGGCAUGCCAGCAGCGCCACCAUCUGCGGAGAGAAAAUCACAAACACUGAAUAUUGCGACCUGAACCGAACACAGAACUACCUCCAGGACCUGGUCGAGCGACAGGGCCUCCCCGUGUUCGAGACCAUCUCGUCAGCCCUCGACUGCACGGACAAGGUGCUCAAGAAAGACAUCCGGGUACAGGACCUGCGGCUGGACGACAAUGCCGUGCCCGUCCGGAACGCCCACAUCACGCUGGCCGACAAGCUACACAAACUGCGUGAGGUGUUCGCGAACCAGGACUCGGAGGGUCGCGGCAGCCUCAGCCCGGCUGAGGUGUGCACGGCGCUGCGGGUCUGCACGGGCCGCACCAUCUACCCCAACGACUGCCUGGCGCUGAUGGCGCAGAUCCGGGAAGUGACCGAGCAGACGGCCGGCGGCUCGCCCGACGGCCGGCUCUCGUUCGAGGACUUCUGCCUGCUGGUGACGGAGCUGCAGGGCAGCGGCCGGCGGGGCGGCCGCGGCGGUCGGCAGAGUCCCUCCGUGCUCUCCCGGACGGCCGAGAUGAUGCACCAGCUGCUGACGCCGCUGACGCGGGUGGCCGAGUGGGUGCUGCCCCAGCGGCUGGCGCGCCAGCUCAGCAACGGCUCGGCGCCGACCUCCGACGUGCGAGACGUCUACCUGGGCGGCACGCUGACCAAUACCAGCUGGAGAGAGAACAUCGCCAUCCCCAUCCUCAAGAAGUCGGCGCUGACGUUCGAGCACCCCGCCACUCUGCUGGCCACCGAGCGGCUGACGCCCACGGAGGCGGCGCGGCUCGAGCGGUGCCGGACGCUGCUGUUCGUCAUCACCGACACCUCUCGGGCGCCAGCGCACAUGACCAUGGCGGCGCACUACAUCGGCCGCGGCGCCUCGGUCGUGCUCUGUAUCCAGAUGCUGCCCGACAACUGUGUCAUCCAAGGCGAAAAGCUGUCGCCGACUGCCAUCAAGGACUACAACCGCGGCCGCUCGUACCUCUCCGAUCUGGCCAGCCGCAAGGGCGUGCCCGUGUUCGAGACGGUCGCCGAGGCGGUGCAGAAGGCCGCGCAGCUCUCGCGGAGGGCGCGAUAGGGCCGCCCGCGCGGCCGGCACCAGUACAAACGGCCGUCCGGCCGGCCCGGGGCAGCUAGCACCUUCACCUACCUCGCUCGCCGGCUUACCCACCGUCACUGAGCGUCGCCAUCGGCAGCGGCUCCUUUUAACUCCUCCCCCGGUGGGCUCCUCCUCCCUCGGUAUGUGUAAUUUAUUGUUCGGUGUGGUGUGGUCGUCCCCUGUGGCGGGCGGGCGGGCGGUUUUAUUUAUACAAAGUGCACCGUGCGCCUUUUAAAAGUAACUUGUAGCGGGUGCGGUCGUGUCGAGUCGGCGUGUCUGCGCCGACUGGCCGGCCGCGCCACGCACCCAUGUCGGAGACACCGCCCCCACUGCAGUUACAAAGCGAGCGAGCGAGAGCGCGUCAGUGUGUGAGCGAGAGAGUAGCGGGUUACUCAGCGUUAUAGCAUCAGUUCGCCGCGGUCUUCAUGACAAAUUCACAUCAUUCCGUCCACAACACGUUUGUCAGGCAGGACCAAUUCAUUCAUCUUUAGUUUUACCAUCAGUUGUUACAUGGUGUGUGUGGCGCGGUGUGGCGCCUUCCUCUUGUGUUGUGUUGUGGGCGCGACGCCGGGCUGGCUCCCCGGGUGCGCCGCCGCCGCCACAGUAUGCUCACUGGGCAAUGGAACACUGUUUUAACAAAGUAAUGUUAUCCAUUUUAAGUGAGCUAUUUGUAGAUGUUAGUAACCGAAUAAACCAAUGGAUGAUUUCA